GAAAUUGUCCAAAUAAAGCAUAAAGGCUGUUUGUUAGCAAUAGACAAUUUAUAUUUUUUUUAAUUCUGCAUAUAAAGUAAUAUAGUAAACCAUGAUUAAAUAAUAAUAAAUUGUGCUAUGCACAACAUAUAGUUGUGCAUAAUUAACUUCUUAAUGGUAUAUGUCCCGGGCUGCACGGUGGGUAGCAAUGUUGCCUUGUAGCAAGAAGGUUCAGAGUUCGGUUCCUGGCCCGUGGUCUUUCUGCAUGAAGUUUGCAUAUUCUCCCUCUGCAUGCAUGGUUGCUCUCUGGGUACUCUGGCUUCCUCCCAUAGUCCAAAAACCUGACUGUUAGGUUAAUUGGCUUCUAUAAAUUCUCCUUUGUUGUGAGUGUGUCUGUGCAUGGUUGUGUGUCUCUAUGUUGCCCUGCGACAGACUGAAGACCUGUCUAGGGUGUACCCCACCUCUGGCCCAUAGACUGCUGGAGAUUGGCACCGGCCCCACAUCAACGUUGACAAGGACUAAGUGGAAGAAUAUGGAUGAUGGAUGAAAGCGUUUCGGCUGUUGAGCAAAAGAUAACUGCCGCCUUUAAAGUGUUUGACUACGAUUCCAGCAACAAGGUGGACGUCCGGGAGAUUGGCACCAUUAUUUAUUCUCUGGGCUGCUGCCCCACUCAAGCAGACAUUCAUAAAUUCAUAGCUGAGGUGGAAGAGGAGCACUCAGGGGUUGUUUUUCUAGAAAAGUUUCUUCCAGCUAUGACCAAAGUCCUGUUGGAGAACAAGUUUCCUCCCAUUCCCAAGAGCACGAUUCUUCAGGCUUUUAAGGUUCUGGACAAAGACCAGAAAGGCUACCUUAAACCUGAAGAGUUGAAAAAGCUUUUGAUGGAAGAAGGUGAACCUUUCACUCAACAAGAGAUAGAAGAAAUGCUUGCACACACUGAUCGAGAGGAUAACCUUAUAUAUUACCCCAAAUUAAUUAAUAAACUCACUUCUGACCUCACGCAAUAGGAGAAGUAUUUUAGCAAAUGUAGAGUCGGCAGUUUGGGUUUAAAAAUAGCAAGGCUUCUUGAAACCUGAGUAGUUAAUUGUUAUGUGAGCUUGUAUUACAGUGAAAAUGUUUCCUCACACUCUACUUAAAACAUAUACUGUAUAAAGGAAAUGCUAAACAAAUAAAAGUUUGUUUUAAAUUGUCUCAAGCAUCUUAAUG